AAGCGCGAAGCCGGCGCGGCCUGGGACGCAGAGCGACGCGCUCGGCCGUCGACCCCGAGCCUGGUGACCAGGCCCGAGCAAUCGGAGGCCGAACGCCGAGCAGGGCGGGGCGCAGCGCGGACCUGGGCGCGCACCUCGCAGGGCACCCCACCCAACCGCGCUCCCCGCCCGCUUCUCGGUCCUCCGAACCCCCGGAGCCUCAGAGCCUGCAAGCUGCAGCCCUGCUGGUUUGCAGCCUUCCGUGUCCCCACAGAGCCCUGGUCCCGUGGACGAGAAGCAGCAUCUCAAGCAGCCCCGUCGGCACACCUGAUUCGGAAGAACCCGGUUACCAGCGAGGUUCUUUCGUGGAGAUUGAGUCUGGAGAAGAUUUUGCAGAGACUUCACGCUAAACGCCGCAUCUGUCUCAGGAAGAAGUGCCCAGACCAGAGAUUUUUGUCAUAUGACUUCAUGACAAAUAGUGAAAUGUCAGGUUCUUCACCGUUUAAGAUGCGAUUAGUUCAUCUGGACCUUAAAGGAGCUCCACCAAAGGUCUCCUACCUCUCCGAGGUCUUUCCUUUGUUCCAUGCCCUGGGCGCCAAUGGGCUGCUCCUUGAGUAUGAAGACAUGUUUCCCUACGAGGGCCACCUGAGGCUGCUGAGGGCCAAGCACGCAUACAGCCCCCCUGAAAUCAAAGAGAUCCUGCAUCUGGCUACACUGAAUGAGCUAGAGGUCAUUCCAUUGGUGCAGACAUUUGGACACAUGGAGUUUGUGCUGAAGCAUGAGGCUCUCGCUCACCUCCGAGAAGUGGCACUUUUCCCUAACACCCUGAACCCCCACGAGGCAGAGUCCCUGGCUCUGGUGGGAGCCAUGAUCAGCCAGGUCAUGGAGCUGCACCCGGGCGCCCGGUGGCUCCACGUCGGCUGCGACGAGGUGUAUUACCUUGGAGAGGGUGAGACCUCAAGGCGGUGGCUGCAACAGGAACAUAACACCAAAGCAAGACUCUGUCUGUCCCACAUGAAGGCCGUGGCCUGCCAUGUGCUGGCCCGGCACCCCACUACAACGCCACUGGUGUGGGACGACAUGCUGCGGGCCAUCCCUGAGGACCAACUCUCAGCAUCAGGGGUGCCACAGCUGGUAGAGCCCGUGCUCUGGGACUACGGGGCCGAUCUGGACAUCCACGGCAAAGGCCUUCUCAUGGAAAAGUACCGGAAGUGUGGUUUUCUCCGGCUGUGGGCUGCCAGUGCCUUCAAGGGGGCCACGGGGGCGAGCCAGGCCCUGACCCCCAUCGAGCACCACCUCAGGAACAAUGUACAGUGGCUGCAGGUGGCAGCCAGCGUGCCUGCGGACAUGCUGCAGGGCAUCGUCCUGACCGGCUGGCAGAGGUAUGACCACUUCUCCGUCCUGUGCGAGUUGCUGCCUGUGGGAAUCCCGUCCCUGGCCAUCUGUCUGCAGUUGCUCCUACACGGAGGCUUUGUGGAAGACAUUAAAGCAAGAGUGGAGAACUUUCUCGGGAUCUCGAGCCUAGAAAUAACUGAUUUUACGAGCGAGGGGGCUGGCUCCUUCCCUGGCAGCGACAUCCUGGCCCUCAUCACACACGUCACCCUCCACCUGCGCAGCUCCGUGGAUGCACUGCUGGAGAGGGACAGCCCCCCUGAGGCCGAGCCGUUAGCCACAGUGGGUCUGCCUGUGCGGGUCUGCCCGCAGGUACGUGACCGGCUGGUUCAGCCCCUACCACCGCAGGCGGAAGCUCAUCCACCCGGUCAUGGUCCAGCACAUCCAGCCUCAGGCGCUCAGCCUCCUGGCCAGGUGGAGCACCUUGGUGCAGGAGCUGGAGGCCGCCCUGCAUCGUGUCUUCUACCCGGACGCUGUGGAAGAGUGGCUGGAGGAGAACGCGAGGCCCAGCUUGCGGCGGCUGCAGGCUUUGGUGCAGGACCUCAGGGAAGCAGCCGGCACUGGCCCCAGCCCGCACUCGGGUCAGGACCCCUGAGGGAAGGGGCUGAGCCUGAGCCGUCCGCUGGGGCAGCAGCCCUGUCCCGCCCAGCACCCAGACCACCGGCCACAGGCAGCACCCCCAGCGCAGAUGGUCAUCAUUGGAAGGACCAGUGGAAAACGCCCAGGAGGAGGCACACUGGGGCCUGCUGACUGGUCUGCGUGUGGAAUGUCAGUUCUUUUGAAAUAAAAGGAGAGUGAAAGCUAGAA